AAAGCCGAGUAAAAAGAUGAACCAAAGACUCACCUUUUUCUAAGUCCUCUGACAUGCCUUGUUGGUCUUUUUUGCAAACCAAUCAGCACCAACUUCAUUAAUUUAGAUCCCAAUAUUGCUGUAAUCUCAUAACACAAAUCCUCUGGCUACAAGAAAACUCAGUUUUUAGUGGCGAAGCAUCGUAGAAAUUCAUGGGUCAUACUAAAAUAGUAAAAUUUUCCGAGCGGUUGAAUUUUCCAGGCGGAUGAACUUCAAUUUCUACUUUGUUUUCUUCCGCCUUCCUUCAAGUUCCUUUCUUUUUGUGUUCAGUUUACUUACUUUUGCUAAAAAAAAAAAAAAACCAACCUUGAAAUCCCUUUUGAUUGUUUUGUAGUAAGAAUCUUCUGAGCACUACGAGUAGUUUGAUUUUAAAGUUCCCAAGUGAGCAAAUCAGAGCUAUAAGACUGUUUGGAUUUUGAAGUGCUGGACUGAGUUGAAAGAACAGCCCAUUGAUUCUCAUAGUUUGAGUUGUCUUUCACCUUCCUUGUGUUUGAGCUUGGAACAUCAUAUUCUUCAAUUUGAGCUUGUCAAGCAUGGGUUGUGGGUUUUGUGGGGCUGCUCUUCCUAACAUCUUUGCAACACUGGUUGUGGACUGUGUGUUGAAGCCGGUAGUACGUCAAUUUGAUUAUGUCCGUCGCUUUCAUGACAAUGUUGAAAAGCUCCGAGAGAAAAAGCGUGAACUCGCAGAUGCACGAGAUCGUCUACUACAUAAGAUUGAGGAUGCUAAAAACCGGCUUCUACUAAUUGAAAAUGAUGUACAGAACUUGCAAUCAAGGGCAGACGAAACACUGUCGGAUAUGGGAACUCUGGAGGAGGAAAUCCAACUGAAUAAGAGGUGUCUUAACUGGUGUCCUAAUUGGAGUUGGAGAUAUCAAUUAAGCAAGAAAGCAAUGAAGAAAAUCCAGGAUAUCUCUGAACUUUUGGACAAAUUUCGUCUCCUACUGCCCUUCCCACUAUAGACUUCCUAUGUUCUAAGGAUUUUGUGUUUUCGAAAUCUUCAGAGACUACUUUCUAUCAAAUCAUUGAAGCCUUAAAAGAUGAGAAUAUCAACAUGAGAAUAUCAACAUGAUUGGGUUGUGGGGGAUGGGAGGGGUGGGCAAGACCACCCUGGCUCGUGAAGUUGGAAGUCAAGCUCAAAAACUGAAUUUGUUUGAGAAAGUUGUGAUUACGGUUGUGUCUCAAAAGCCAAAUUUUGAGAGAAUUCAAGAUCAAAUUGCACAAUACAUAGGCUUUGAUAUGAAGAAUAAACAAGGAAGAAGAUCCGAGCAAGAAUUAUGGUUAAGGCUGAAGAAUGAACCGAGGAUUCUUAUCAUCCUUGAUGAUAUUUGGGAAUCUAUCAACUUAAAGGAGAAGAUAGGAAUUCCAAUUGGGGAUGAUCAUAAAGGCUGCAAAGUUCUUUUAACAACACGCCGUAAACGAGUAUGUCAAAUUAUGGAGUGUCGACGGGUGGUAGAACUUGACUGUUUGGAUGAUGAUGAAGCUUGGACUCUGUUUGAAAAGAAAGCAGGUCUAGAUGACUUUUCUGAUGAUUCUAUUAAAACCCCAGCAAAGAAAAUUGUCAAAAAAUGUGGGGGUUUGCCUAUAGCUAUAGUUCCGCUGGCAAGUGCCUUGAAAGGCAAAACAAAUUGUCAUGAGUGGCAAGCUGCAUACCGGAGACUCGAAGGUCGUAGAUUGACUGAAAUAGAGGAUGUUGAUGAAAGAAAUGCCUAUGUAAUUCUUGAGACGAGCUUCGAUUACUUGAAGGAUAUGAUGACCAAGACAUGUUUCUUGUUGUGCUCUUUAUUUCCCGAAGAUCAUGAGAUUUAUGUGGACGACUUGGUAGGAUAUGCAUGGGGACUGGAGUUGUAUAAAGGCAUGGACUCAAUUAAAGAUGUUAGAAGCGAAGUGCUUGCAUCGAUUGAGAUCCUCAAGAACUCUGGUUUGUUGCUAGAUUCCGGAGAAAUGCAUGUCAAAAUGCAUGAUGUGGUUCGCCAAUUUGCUUUGUGGAUAGCAUCUUCAAGAAAGGAGAUUUCUUUUGGGACUGUUGAAACACUCCCGAUGGAUGAAAGUUUCAAGCAUUACACAGCAAUCUCCUUCGAAACUGAUCAAACAGAUGAACUUCCUAAAGGAGUCGGUUUUCCAUACCUCAAACUUCUUUUACAUGGUGGCAAUCGUUUCGUGGAAACUUCAAGCGAAUUCUUUGAGGGUAUGAAGGCAUUACAAGUUUGUGCUUUGAAAUAUCAAUUGAUAUCUCUAGCUGCAUUUAAGUUUAAUAUGAACCUUCGAACUUUCUGUUUGAUUAAUUGUGAACUCUCUGACAUCUCGAUGCUUGGGAAGCUGAAGACACUUCAUAUUCUCUCUUUAAGUCAAUCUGAUAUCACUGAAUUGCCGACUGAAGCUGGUGAUUUGGAAAAUCUAAGACUGUUGGAUUUAUCGUAUUGCGAUGAUCUACGAAGAAUUGCUCCUAAUUUAAUACAAAGAUUGUCCAAUUUAGAAGAACUAUACUUGCAUGGUUGUAGUUCAUUAAAAUGGGCGACUGAGAAUUCAACUAAAAAGGAAAGCUAUUCUAGCCUAUCGGAGUUGAAUUCAUUGCCAAAGUUGGUUGUAAUAUCAUUGGAUAUUUCUUCUGAACAUCUUCCAGAUGGCUUUGUGUUUCGUAGAUUAUGGAGCUUUGAUUUUUGCAUUGGCAUAAAAAGACCCAAGUGGUACAAAAAGAGCGAAACUUGUCCAAUCUCAAGAUCUUUGAGAAUCAAGAAAUCUGUAGAUGCAUGCAAGCAACUACUUGAAAAUGUAGAAUUUCUUCAAUUGAAUGAUGUGGAGGGUCACCCAAACCUUAUUCCGAGCUUGGACUUGGGAUUUAGUAAGUUGACUUCUCUAGAUCUUCGUCUGUGCCACUUUAUGCAAUGCCUAAUUGAUGCACCAAAGCAGCAAGUGCCAAUCACGACACUCUCUAAUUUGAGGAAGUUAUCAUUAAGUUGUAUGUUUGAUUUGGAAGAGAUGUGCAAUGCUCCCCAGCCGCAAGGUUUUUUACAAAAGCUUGAAGAGGUUAUAGUUUCAGAUUGUGAUAAGAUGCAAGUCUUAUUCCCUAAUGUUGAAUUGAAGAGCAUAGAACUAGAAGGGCCCAGUAGUCAUUUAUGCCUCCAAAGUCCGAAGAUUGUUAAAAUAAAGAGAUGCAAUAAUUUGAAAUAUAUCUUCCCAAUGUCAGUUGCUAAUAGCCUUGGACAAUUGCAUACUUUGAAGAUAAAGAGUUGCUCGCAAUUGGAAGAUAUAAUCCAAGACCGACAAGCUGCAUACAAAUGUCUACUCCAAAGUCUAAGGGAAGUUUCGUUGAUUGAUUUACCUCAAUUGAAAGGAAGGGAUGUGAAUGACAUUAUGCUCACACAAUUGUCUUUGCAGAAGUUAAAAGUGCACAAUUGUCCUCAAUUGACACAUUUUAUUAUUUCGACUACUAUACGAGAAUUGGUGUUUGGGAAGAUGACAAAUCAACAAUUGAGCAAUUUGCAUUCAUGUAAAUAUGAGGAGCUAGAGCAAGAUCAAACGUCAUCACCACAUCAUCCCCUACCUAUUUGCUUUCCAAAUCUGAUUCGAAUUGAUAUCUUAGAAUGUGAAAGCUUGAAAUCUCUCUUUCCAAUUAUUGUUGCUCAAGGUAGGUCUAAAAAACUAAAUGCUCCCAAUUUGCAAACCCUGAAGAUAAAGAGGUGCUUUGUAAUGGAAGAAAUAAUCCAAGACUCACAAGUAUCAACCAUAAGCUUCCAAUGCCUAAAGGAAGUACAAGUCACAGAAUGCAAUAAUUUGAAAUUUCUCUUCCCAAUGUGUGUUGCUGGUAAUCUUGGGCAAUUGCAAACUCUGAAGAUAGAGAGCUGUUCGCAAUUGCAAGAAAUAAUCCAAGGACCAGAAGUGCUAAUUUCAAUGGCUCAAAGUCUUGCACAAUUGAAUGAAGUUGAGUUAACUGAUUUGCCUCAAUUGAAAGGAAAUGAUACAAAUGACAUCGUGCUGACAUCGCCAUCUUUGCACGUGUUACAUGUGAGAAAUUGUCCUCAAUUGACACCUUUUAUCGUGUCACCCAAUAUACAAGUAUUGGUGUUGUCGAAGAUGACAGAAAAGCAGUUAUUUGAAUAUUCUAGAUAUAAUGUUUCAAGUCUGAAGUACCUUAGUUUGUACAAACUAACUGAAUUGCGGGUGAUAUGGAGUGCUCCCAUCCAAGUUGAAUACUUUCCAAAUCUCACUGAAUUGGUAGUCCACAGUUGCAGAAGGUUAAUAUACAUCUUCUCACCUACCAUCGCUCGAAAUUUCCCACAAUUGCGCAGGUUGGAUAUAUAUGUGUGUGAGGAAUUGGAGCAAAUAAUUGAGAAGGAUCAAACUCCAUCACAACAUCAUUAGCUGUGUAAACUUGAGAUGUCUCUUCCCGAUUACUCUUGCUCAUGGCGGCCUUCCAAAACUAUAUCGAUUAGAACUUGAAGAUAUCCCCCUAUUAGAGCAGGUGUUUGAAGAAGAUGAGUCAAAUGUGAGUAAGGACGAAGAGGAAGUGAUACACCUACCUCGAUUAACCCACUUAAAGCUUGAUUGGCUACCAUACCUCAUGAGCUUCAGCCCUCUGGGUUCUCAUUUUAUUUUCCCAUCUUUGACGGAUUUACGGGUAAAAGAUUGUCCCAACAUAUACACAAGAUUUAGUGUUGAUUCAAAGGAUUCAGUGCAUGCCAAAACACAGGUAAGCCAAUCAGUUGAUGAAAUUAUAGUGGAAGAAUCUGCUACGGCUCAAGAAAUUGCAUGGCCAAUUGGUAGUGAUAUCUAUUGGUGGAACGGGGAAGGUGGGGAAGAUGAAAGUGAUUUUGAAUAUUAAAAAGAAUGGAGCAGUAAAUGAAGUAAUUUCUAUUUGAAAAUUAAGCAUUGUGAAUGUUGAAAUUGAAUGCCAUGUAUUCGUUAUUAUGUACCACUUAUUUUUUCAACUAAUUCUAACAUUACAUAAGGUAAUUUAAAAACAUCAAUAAUGUUUGUAGAAA